GCUUCCAGCCGGCGGUCGCGAGCCCGGCAUUUAGCAUUCAUGUUUUUUUAAACUCUUGCCUAGUCUCGCCGCAAACGUAACAACGAGCGAGACUCUCAUUCGGUGCGAACGCGCUCAGUCGGCUAUCACAAGUUAGCUCACUCGCUUCAAACUUCCAAAGCGCGCACUGCGCGACUGAUUUAACUUUUAGUUAGUGACUUAAGUCGGUUCGGGCGGUUCAAACUGAUCCGGAAGGACUUCGAUGCUUGUUUGUUAGUUCGUUAAUACGCAUACUUAAUUCGUGCGGCAUUUAUUCAAUUCGCGAACAUGCUGCGGACAAUCGCGCUGUUCUUGUGCGUCGUCGGCGCUGUGCUCGGCGAUCUGGACCUGACGAUCUUGCACACCAACGACAUGCACGGCCGGUUCGACGAAACUUCCGCAACCUCCGGUACGUGCAAACAAAUCGGAAGUGAUAAGUGCUAUGGUGGAUUCGCACGCGUUGCGCACGUUGUGCGUGAGCAUCGUAACGCAUCGGCGAGAAAUCCGGCUGGUCCUGCAACGCUCUUCCUUAACGCCGGUGAUACCUACACGGGCACAUCGUGGUUCAGCGUACACAAAUGGAAAAUCGCCGUUGAUUUCAUCAACCGAUUAAAUCCUGAUUGCAUUUCUUUUGGAAAUCAUGAAUUUGAUUAUGGUAUUGCGGGAAUCAUGCCGUUUCUAACAAAUCUGAAAGUUCCGCUCGUGGCUGCCAACAUGGAUUUCUCUAAGGACGCACAAUUCACGGCCAGCAUUCCGAAAUCGCAUGUUUUGACCGUGCGCGGCGUACGAAUCGGCGUCAUCGGCUACUUGUUGCCGGACACGAAAAUUUUAUCCUCCACCGGUAAUGUGACGUUCUUCGACGAGGUAGAAUCGAUUAACACCGAGGCGGAAAAGCUGGACGCCGAGGGUGUUAAAGUAAUCAUUGCCUUGGGUCAUUCCGGUUUCGAUACAGAUAAACGUAUUGCCAAGGAGUGUCCAUUAGUGGACUUGGUCGUCGGUGGUCAUACAAACACUUUCCUGUGGAACGGACAACAACCGGAUAGCGAGGUACCCGAAGGACCUUAUCCGGUUCUGGAAACACAGGCCUCCGGAAAAGUCGUGCCGGUCGUUCAAGCGUACGCGUAUACUAAAUACAUUGGACGACUGAACAUCACCAUCAAUGAUGAGGGCGAUGUGAUCAAAUAUGAAGGACAACCGAUUCUCCUGACUAGUCAAGUACCGAAAGUCUUCGAACUGCAGGAGGCUUUGGAUGUGUACAGGCCUGGUCUAGAGGCAGCCACGAAGAGGGUUGUUGGUCAAUCACGCGUAGACCUUCCAAUUGACAAGUGUCGCUUGGAAGAGUGCAACUUUGGUAACCUGCUCGCGGACGCUUAUCUGGAGCAGGUCGUGAUGAAUUAUGCAGGAAGUUCCCAAUGGUCAGAUACGUCUAUUGCUAUCCUGAACGGUGGUGGAUUCCGUUCAGCGGUCGACAGUGGCGAGAUCACUAGUGGUGAAAUACUCGGCGCAUUGCCCUAUGAUAUGAACGUGAUUUCUUUCCGGCUUACUGGAGCCGACCUGCUCCAGACUCUGGAGACGGGAAUCCGCAGCAAUGGCGAGACGUCCCGCGGCGAAUUCCUGCAAGUCUCCGGGUUGCGCAUCACGUACGACCUGGCGAAACCUGUUGGCUCCCGGGUGGUGAAAGUGGACGUACGCUGCGCUGAUUGUAAAGUACCUGUGUAUCAACCAUUAGACCAUUUCAAGGUCUACGGCAUUGUGAGCCAUGAUUUCAUAUUGAGUGGUGGCGAUGGCUAUACGGUGUUGCGUGACAAAGCGUUUAAUCGCACGAUAGAGGACACCAACGAAAUCGAAAUCAUCAGCAACUAUAUAGAGAAGCGACGAGUUAUCUACCCGGAAGUCCACGGCAGAAUCACCGUGUUGAAUCGGAAUCGGCCGGGAACGGUAGCGAGCGCAGGAAUUUCUCCGCGGAUAAACGCCCUCGCAAUAUUGCUCUCGCUGGCGCGUUUGUGCGCUCUGCGAUAUUAAAAAUCUGUGAAGCAUA